AAGGAUUCCCAAUCAGCUGCUGGUGAGGAACGGCCUCCUGAAGCAGAUGGCAAAAAGGGCACCUCCUCUGGCAGCGAACCGCCCCCUCUCAAGACCGCCUGGGCAGAGACCUCUCGGCCUGCAGAGACAGAGCCAGGGCCUCCUGCCCCAAAGYCUCCCCCACCCCCACCUCACCGGGGCCCCACCGGGAACUGGGGGCCCCCUGGGGACUACCCAGAUCGUGGGGGUCCUCCCUGCAAACCCCCAGCACCUGAAGAUGAGGAUGAGGCAUGGCGGCAGCGGCGAAAGCAGUCUUCAUCUGAAAUCUCCCUGGCAGUGGAGCGGGCCCGCCGUAGGCGAGAAGAGGAGGAGCGGCGCAUGCAGGAAGAGCGCCGGGCAGCCUGUGCUGAGAAGCUCAAGCGACUGGAUGAAAAGUUUGGGGCACCUGACAAACGGCUCAAAGCAGAGCCUGCUGCCCCACCUGCUGCCCCACCUGCCCCAGCUCCACCACCUGCAGGACCCAAAGAACUCCCUGCAAGUCCAGCUCCACCGCCGGCACCAGCCACAACACCAGAGAAAGAACCUGAAGAGCCAGCACAGGCCCCUCCUGCUCAGUCCACCCCCAGUCCAGGUGUGGUUCCAGUUCCCACUCUAGUGAGUGGUGGUGGCACUACCAGUAGCACCAGCAGUGGCAGCUUUGAAGCUAGCCCAGUGGAACCACAACUGCCUUCAAAAGAGGGUCCUGAACCACCAGAAGAGAUUCCUCCACCUACCACACCCCCAGCCCCAAAGGUGGAACCCAAGGGUGAUGGGGUGGGUCCUAMCCGACAGCCCCCCAGCCAGGGCUUGGGCUACCCCAAGUAUCAGAAGUCAUUGCCUCCUCGUUUCCAGCGGCAACAGCAGGAGCAGCUCCUGAAGCAGCAACAGCAGCAGCAAUGGCAGCAGCAUCAACAGGGGUCUGCCCCUCCUGCCCCAGUGCCCCCAUCACCACCACAGCCUGUGACCCUGGGGGCUGUGCCAGCUCCGCAGGCUCCACCACCGCCCCCCAAGGCCCUGUACCCAGGUGCUCUGGGCCGGCCCCCACCCAUGCCCCCAAUGAACUUUGAUCCUCGCUGGAUGAUGAUUCCUCCUUAUGUGGACCCUCGGCUCCUUCAGGGCCGCCGUCCCCCAGAGGAGCGUCCUCCAGGACUCCCCCUGCCUCCCCCACCCCCUAGCAGUUCGGCUGUCUUCCGCCUGGACCAAGUUAUCCACAGCAACCCUGCUGGCAUCCAACAGGCUCUGGCCCAGCUUAGCAGCCGCCAAGGAAACAUAACAGCACCAGGGGGGCACCCAAGGCCUAAACCUGGGCCUCCCCAAGCCCUUCAGGGCUCCUCCCCUCGGCCCCCAACCCGAUAUGACCCCCAGAGGGCCACCAACAGUGUCAGUUCUGACCCCCACUUCGAGGAGCCAGGGCCGAUGGUGAGGGGGGUGGGCGGGACUCCCCGGGACUCUGCCGGGGUUAAUCCCUUCCCCCCCAAACGGCGGGAGCGACCUCCCCGAAAACUGGAGCUGCUGCAGGAGGAAUCUCUGCCAGCUUCUCAUACCUCUGGAAUCCUGCCCUCAAAGCCUGAGGUCCCGGGCCCUCAGGGAGAAUCCAGAGAUGCAGGCACAGAGGCCCUGACCCCCCACAUCUGGGAUCGUUUACAUACUGCCACCAGCCGAAAGAGUUACCGGCCCGGCUCCAUGGAGCCCUGGAUGGAGCCCCUGAGUCCAUUUGAGGAUGUGGCUGGCACAGAGAUGAGUCAGUCUGACAGUGGGGUGGACCUGAGUGGGGAUUCUCAGGUGUCAUCAGGUCCCUGCAGCCAGCRAAGUUCCCCUGAUGGAGGACUCAAGGGGGCAGCAGAGGGACCCCCCAAGCGGCCUGGAGGCCCCUCACCCCUGAAUGCUGUUCCUGGUGAGGGUCCACCUGGCUCUGAACCCUCUGAACCUCCUAGGAGACGGCCACCUGCCCCCCAUGAUGGGGACAGAAAGGAGCUGCCCAGGGAGCAGCCUCUGCCYCCUGGCCCCAUAGGCACAGAACGAACACAGCGUACGGACCGAGGCCCAGAGCCUGGCCCCCUCCGGCCAUCCCAUCGACCUGGCCAAGCAGUCCAGUUUGGAACUAGUGACAAGGACUCGGACCUGCGCCUAGUGGUAGGAGAUAGUUUAAAAGCAGAGAAGGAGCUAACAGCAUCAGUUGCCGAGGCCAUUCCAAUUUCCAGAGACUGGGAGCUACUCCCCAGUGCUUCUGCCUCAGCUGAGCCACAAUCCAAGAGCCUGGGUUCUGGGCACUGUGGCCCAGAGCCUAGUUCCUCAGGCCAGCGCCUAUAUCCUGAGGUCUUCUAUGGCAGCCCUGGGCCUCCCAGUUCCCAGGUCUCUGGGGGAGCCAUGGACUCUCAGUUACAUCCCAAUAAUGGAGGCUUCCGCCCUGGGACACCCUCACUUCACCCUUACAGGUCACAGCCCCUAUACCUACCCCCAGGCCCAGCUCCUCCCUCGGCCCUGCUCUCUGGGGUAGCACUCAAGGGCCAGUUUCUGGAUUUCUCAGCACUGCAAGCAACAGAACUGGGGAAGUUGCCAGCUGGAGGAGUUCUCUACCCUCCACCUUCCUUUCUUUACUCUCCAGCUUUCUGCCCCAGCCCUUUGCCUGACCCACCUUUGCUUCAGGUACGCCAGGACCUGCCAUCCCCUUCGGAUUUUUAUUCUGCUCCUCUGCAGCCUGGUGGCCAAAGUGGCUUCCUUCCUUCAGGGGCCCCUGCACAGCAGAUGCUUCUACCCAUGGUAGAUUCACAGCUGCCUGUGGUGAAUUUUGGCUCCCUGCCGCCAGCACCACCUCCUGCCCCACCCCCACUUUCCUUGUUACCUGUGGGCCCCGCUCUGCAGCCUCCCAGCCUGGCUGUGCGGCCCCCACCUGCUCCUGCUACUCGGGUGCUGCCUUCACCUGCCAGGCCCUUCCCCCCUAGCUUGGGGCGAGCAGAGCUUCAUCCAGUGGAACUAAAGCCCUUCCAGGAUUAUCGGAAAUUAAGCAGCAGCCUUGGGGGACCUGGCUCAUCUCGUACUCCCCCAUCUGGAAGGUCCUUCCCUGGUCUCAAUUCCCGUCUCAAGGCCCCACCUUCCACCUACAGCGGAGUGUUCCGCACCCAGCGCAUCGACCUCUACCAGCAGGCCUCCCCACCGGAUGCCCUGCGCUGGAUGCCGAAGCCUUGGGAGCGRACAGGGCCACCUUCUCGAGAAGGGCCUUCCAGAAGGGCAGAAGAGCCUKGGUCCCGAGGGGACAAGGAGCCUGAAUUGCCCCCACCCCGCUGAGGGAGUUCCUCUUGCCCCCACCCCACCCCCCGGGGCUUGUAUAUAGAUUAUAAAUAUAUAAGGGGGAAAGGGGUGGGUGGGGAGGGGUUGUGGGGCUGGAGCCUCGCUUCCCCUCCUCCCCCUUCCCCUGGUCCCCUAUCCCUGGGGCCGUUUGUUAAAAAAGAAUAAUAAAAUGAUU